AGCGUGUGUGUACGCUACUUUUCUCUCAACUUCCAUCACUCUGAAAUGACCCACUAGAAUUCACGCCACGAUGCCUGCAACUGUACGACAACGACCACAACCUGGUCAAAAAAACCCGGACUCAUCAACUCAUGCGUUACUCCCAUUCCUUCAAGUCCAGUCGGCGACUGCUCUGAGCCGGUUGUAUCAGAGUCCUUCAUCAUGUCUAUCAAUAUUCAGACUCUUAGCUCCUGUGGAACGCCAAAUCGUCAUGAACUUGCUUUGGUUGGAGUCAGCAAUGACUCCUUCGACACUGGCUGCUUGGGUAACGACUGAAGGUCAAAAGCUGUACGACAGCUCGUUAGAUACCCUCUCCCACCUGCACAUCCUACACAAUUACCCUACGAAACUUGCUUUGAAUACGACCUUCAAGACUAGUCUCCGCCAUGCAAUUACCGGAGGUGGCACAACAGGGAGUUUUGGUGUUCCUGCUGAGAAAGAUGAGAAACGAUUACCGUUGGAUGUUGAAGGACUUGAUAGUUAUGCUUUAGAACGCUGGGAAACGAUCCUGCAUUUCAUGGUGUCAUCUGGAACAGGUCAAAAUCCACAACGGCCGUCGCCAGGUGUUCUUUACCUGUUACAGCGAAGUGGACUCAUGGGAAACCAACAUGGUUCUCUACAAAUCACGUCCGCUGGUUUCCAGUUUCUAUUGCACGAAUCUCAUGCUCAGCUAUGGAAUUUGCUACUCCAAUACCUGCACAUGGCUGAGGAGCGGCAAAUGGACCUCGUUGAAGUCCUCAGCUUUUUGUUCAUGCUUUCUACAAUGGAGCUAGGUCGCGAGUACUCUACGGAAAACCUGAGUAAAACUCAGAAGGCGAUGUUGGAGGAUCUUCGUGAUUAUGGGCUCCUAUGGCAACGACGACCCACUUCCCGGCGGUUCAGUCCAACUCGUUUGGCCACGACGCUCACAUCUUCUUCUCCAGACCUACCCUCGAGUACUGGUGCCAGUUCAACCGGUUUCAUUGUGUUGGAAACGAACUAUCGGGUGUAUGCGUAUACUGACAACCCGCUGCAAACCGCAAUUCUAAACUUAUUCGUUUCCCUCAAAUAUCGAUUCCCUAACCUUGUCGUCGGGUCCAUCACCCGUGACAGUGUGAAGAGGGCGUUGAAUAAUGGGAUUUCGGCGGAUCAGAUUAUCAGCUACUUGGUUACCCAUGCUCACCCUCAGAUGCGGAAGAAUAACCCACUUUUACCCGUAACAGUCCAAGAUCAAAUCCGUCUUUGGGAGCUGGAGAAGAACAGACUCAAGUCGCAAGAGGGCUAUCUAUACACCUCAUUUGCGUCGCAGGCGGAUUAUGAGUAUGUUUUGAAUUAUGCGAAACAGAUGGAAUUGGUGCUUUGGGAGAAUAAUGCGAAGAGAAGUUUCUUUGGAAGUAUUGAAGGACAUGCGAACAUACGGAGCUUUAUCGAGCGGAGAUCGGCGGGUGGUAGUGGAUGAUGGGAACGGGUGGGUCAAUGUACAAAAGGGGGUUCAGAUACUGGAUUCGUUUCUGUAUCAUGUUCUGGAAUCAGGAUAAUAUCUAUGUCACUUAUUCACGAUUUCCUAAACUCA